AUGAAGAGAUGUGAAUCUGAGCUCUGUCUCCUUGACAGCGACCUCUUAGAAAACACAACAAACACGUACAACAGAGAUAGCGAAGAUGCAAGAUCGUCGGGCUAUGAAUCGUGUGACUCAUUCACCCAGGCCCCGUCACCACCUUCAACUCCAUCCUCCAAGGUCAGAGCCUCAUCUAGCGGCCACAAGGAGGUAAUGAUGUACAGCAACAUGGCCGACCUGUCAGAAAGUCUACAGUACAUCACUAGUAUGCCGGAGUUGUGUGACGUCACUUUUCUAGUUGGCAACCGGCAGCUUCCCAUUCAUGGAGUUAAAGCAAUCCUGGCUACCAGGAGCAGGUAA